AGAGAGGAGAGACCAUGAUUGAUUGAUGAAAAUAAAAUAAAUUAUUGUUAAAUAUUCCAAAUGGGUAAUAAAAGCCCAUUAUGGCCCAGUGUCAUCAACCACAACAUCAGCAUGAAUUUUUGCCUCUGUGUGAUGUACUGUUUAAUAUUAUUUCAUUAGCAUCUUAUUUCUGCGAUGUUGUCUUCGACUUUGCAAUGGUAUAUGCCCUUGCCCAUCAAACAAUAGCACCACCUGUGUUGUUUCCACUGAGUAUUACGUUUAUAGCUACUUCUCUCUUGAUUUCUCAAAUUGUUAGUUUGCGAUGGUAUCUCUGGGGAGCUAGGGGCAAAUUAACAAAUAACAAUGCAUCAAGUGAUUACCAUGCAAAUUCAACAAAUAAGAUUGGCAAUUGGACUAUAGGCUGUGUUCUAUUACUCCAUUCUACUCAAGUCGGUGUACUAUGGAGAUAUUUCAAGUUAUUUAUACCGGUCAAUUUAACUUAUGUGAAGCACGAGGUGCGGGAGCUGUGUGUACUAAGGUUGAUACACGCGUUCUGUGAGGCCGCUCCAAUGUUACUUCUGCAACUGUACGUCUUCUUCGGCGCUACCAACGAUGAUGAAACAGAAGUUGGGAAACCAAAGGGAAGCGAGAGCAAGGACGACAGUAAAUUAGCGAAGCUAACAUUAGUGUCGGCGGGACUAUCCUUAUGGAGCGUGUGCUGGGCAGUGGCCAGCUUUAGCAAGGGUGCCGCGCGACUACGUAAUCUGGAACGUUUAGUGCUAACAUGGUUGGGAGUUCUGGCGCAAUUAUUCUGGCGUCUGAGUACAGUGAGCGCUCGUGUCGGAGUACUAGUCACGUACGCCUCGCUGUACGGCGGACAAUGGUUGUUAAUCGUGAUGGCCCUGCACUGGUUAACAAUGUUGACCUGGUUACUGCUCACGCCAGACGGACUCUUCCAUGGUGGCGAACGUCUUCCCCUUCUUAGAAAGACUUUCCUCGCUUCUCUCCUCGCUUUUGUAUAUAUAUUCGCAUAUGUUAAUCUACACGAGACGAAUCAUCGUCAAAAAUGGUUAGUGAUAUUUUAUACUGUAAUGUUCUUGGAGAAUAGUUUACUCAUUGGCGUAUGGAUGGUCGGUGUUAAUCGCGCUGAUCUUUUAACUCGCCAACAUCAUCUACAACCAGUUACUUUAGUACUUGUUCUUCUAGUUUUAUUUUUGGGCGGCAUAUUUUUCAUGGGUCUUUAUUAUAGAUUUUUUCACGUGAGAAGGUUGAGGUACGAGUCUGGUGGAAGGAUGACUGGUUCGAAUCUCACUACGCUGUCCAAUCAGGACAAUGUGGAAGGGAAGCAUAUAGAUUAUAAUGAGGACAAAAAGGUCAACAUUAAUAUCAGCAUGAGAAAAGUCAAAUUAAGCAAUGGCGGUAUACCAGGUGUCUUUAACUGCCGUUUCGCGAACCCAACGGCUGUAAAUCCGAAUCGCAAAAAGAAGAAACCGACCACUUUUGUGCCGCCGCCACCGCCGCAAUCGCAAACAGGCACAGUAAUGAAUUCCAUAACGACGGUGGCAGAUUCGAAACAGUGGCUUAACGUGGCUAAUGGAUCGCGGCAGUUAAUUCCGUUCUGGAAAAAGCCUAUAUCUUCCAACAUCAUACAGAACGAGAAUUCCAAUGAACGUAAAGAUGAGACUGAUAUGUCACUCGGUGGUUCGUUAAAUGUCACGUUAAUACGGGAAAAACUAAAGGAGAAAAAGCAACAGCAGCUACGCGAAUUGCGAGCCAUACAGGAGGAGAUCAAGGAAGGUAAAUUAUUUCCACCUCCAUCUGCUUCUACAUCCUCUUUCUCAUCCUCUCCUUCCGCGUCUAAUCAGCAACCGCCACCGAACACGAAACUGCAUACAUCCCCGAGUUCUCCAUUAUUUACGUCUCCACCAUCAUUUUCCGAACAAAAUGGUACAUUGUCAUCUUGGCCAUCUGUUAAAAUGCACUAUCUUUUACCUCCGCCACCUUCUUCUUCGUACUAUCCUAAUCCGCAUUCCUCGAAUUCAUGGAGAGCAGUGCCUCAACGAGAACGAGCAGAUACACCGGAGAUAUUACUAGCACCGCGAUGUCUUCCACAUCACUAUUCUCAUUGGUCUCCAUCUGGACAUCUUAGUCAUAGAUUACACGCAAAUCAAAACGGUACCGAAGAAAGUCCCAAGGGCGAGGGUGAAGGAGAGGCGGAGGUUAGCGAUAUGGAGGGUAGCCAAGUCUCGUUACCUAGAAGUUACACACUUCCUCGUGAAUUUAAAUAUAAUCAUCCCAACAGCGUCGCGAGAGAACGAGAGCGUCGCUCGGGAAAUAAUAAAUUGCCACCUUCGCGCUUUUAUUUACCGUCUACUAAUAGUUCUGACGGCGAUGUAGAUAGUGCAGAUAACGAAGACGAGACAGAUUCUGAAGCGCAAAUCCAAACAAAGACCAAUCACAGUCAUAAUCACAGCAAAGCUUUGCAAAGGUGUCAUCUAUAUGAAAAUAAUGAGAAUGACGACGUUGCGGAUCCUAGUCUGGAAUGCGACGCGUCUAAUGUUACGUCCAACAAUUGUUAUUCAAAUAAUUCCCAUAGUGUCUUUAGACCGAGUCAAUUACUCAGAACACGAGUGAAACAUGAAACAAAACUUUAAGUUAUAUUAUAAUGUAUAAUUGUAAAUUUUGUCAUGACAUGCACAUUCAGUGAUUGCAA